AUUACGUUUGACAGUGAUUGGUUGACUAAUAGUUUUUAUUAGAAGGGGAAUUUGAUCAGCAGCUGAUCCCCUUGUGACUCCUGAUCUGCUUCACUUCUCUUUCACUCAUUGUCUCCGCAGGAGCUUUGAUGAGAGAUCAUCAUGAACACUUCAGCUUCAGCUCUCCACCUGUCUGGACAAGACGAGUUUCACUUCAAAUCAUGGAUGGAGCAGCACAGCAAACAGUACAGCAUGAAAGAGUACAACAUGAGACUCCAGAUAUUCACUGAAAACAAGAGGCUGAUUGAGAAACACAAUGCAGGAAACCAUUCCUUCUCAAUGGGGCUGAACCAGUUUUCAGACAUGACAUUAACUGAAUUUCAAAAGCCUUUCUGUGGUCUGCGCCACAGAACUGCUCUGCUACCAAGGGGAACUACCGCCGAAGCAACGGACCGUAUCCGGACUCCAUCGACUGGAGAAAGAAAGGAAACUAUGUAACAGCUGUGAAGAAUCAGGUGCAGCAGGCCUGUCAGGAUCUGCCUCUGAAGAUCUGAAACAAGUCAGAGAAAUAUCAAUUUUUAUUAAUAAAGCACAUCAUCACAGUUAAGCUCAUUGUGCUUUAAAUUGAGGUAAAAAUAAAAAAAAUUGACCAACAUGAAAAUAUUAAGGAGAUCAGAAGGAGGUCAAUAUAUUUAUAUAUUUUUUUAAUUUCUAUUUUAAGCUUUUCUCACAACACUGUAUUUGGCCAAUAGAUACUCAUUUUUUGACUCAAAGUUGCAGGUUUCAUUCAGUUUUCAGUCAUCCAUCUAUAUCAACAUUUAUAAUGAAUAGUUUCUUCCAAGAAAAAGUCCUACAUUACGUAAAUGGGAUCUUUUACUUAUAAAUGAAUGUUGUACUUUAGAGCUAACAUGAAUUUGUCUUGCCUUUAUUGGAAAUGACAAUGGAUUAGGAAACCAGGGAGAGAGAUCGGGUAAUGACAGUUUAAUAAUAAAAAUCCAUUGAAGUUGCUCAUGUGAAAGAAGGCCAUCAAAAGCCAUGCAUUUAGUAGAAAACAGCGUUAGAAUCACUGUACACUGUGGUCACCACUCUGUGUAAAAGGGUUAAAUACAUCCUGGAUAAAACCGCAUUGCUACUG